AUGUCCCUCGAAGAAGCUAAACAAGUCGCUGCAAACUAUGCAGUAGAUAACUUUGUAUUUAAUAAUUCAAUUUUGGGCAUCGGAAGUGGUUCUACGGUUGUAUACGCGGUACAGCGUUUAGCAGAACGCGUUGAAACAGAAAAUUUGAAGGUGACCUGCGUGCCAACGUCGUUUCAAGCCAAACGUCUAAUUACCAAACAUAACCUGCCAUUAGGUGAGCUGGACACCAACCCAGUAAUAGAACUGACUAUCGAUGGAGCCGAUGAAGUAGAUAGUAAAAUGACGUUAAUCAAAGGUGGCGGUGGAUGUUUACUUCAAGAAAAAAUAAUUGCCUCGUGUUCAAAUAAACUCAUCGUUAUUGCAGACUAUACCAAAGAUGCUAAAAAGUUAGGCGACAGGUAUAAAAAGGGAAUCCCAAUUGAAGUAGUACCAAUGGCAUAUGUUCCUAUUAAAAAGAAGAUUGAAGCUAUGUUUGGAGGUAAGGCGAAGUUGCGCAAAGCUAUCGCAAAGGCAGGACCUGUAGUUACUGACAAUGGUAACUUCAUUUUAGACUGGGUGUUCCCUAAUACAGAUUUUGAGUGGGAGAAGGUUAACCAAGAUUUAACGAUGAUCCCUGGAGUUGUUGAAACUGGUUUGUUUGUUAACAUGUGUUAUAAAGCUUUCUUUGGUCAACCUGAAGGCCAUGUUGUUGAACGAGAUAUGACUAUGACGAGAGAGAUCCGUUAA